AUGAGCCAUUUUGCGCGAAGCGACGCCGUUCAUUAUGCGGUCUCACCGCGAAAACAGGUGUCGUCGCCGCUUCCCGACCAGUCGCGUCGGAUUUAUGAGCGCGGGCAUGCGCAUUCGCGAUCGUGGAAUCCCGGCGCGCAGCCGUCGCCGCCGAUUCUCGUCAAUCAGUCGGCGGCGUUCAAAUUCUAUGAGCCGAAGCCCGAACCGCGCGUUUACGAGGUGCCCAUCAUCAACGAGCCGCCGUCGCCGACGCCGUGCCGUCGCGUCAGCGUUGUGCCGCGACAGGCGAAAUCGUUCGACGAGCGUCGCGCGCUCAUCGCCAUCGAGCAACGCUCGCAGACGCUCGCCGAACGCCAACUCGACGAGGAGGCGCUCGUCAAAGAGGAGGUGUCGGCCGCGUGCCAAUCGUUGUGGGCCGCCAAAGGCCAUUUGGAGCGGCUGCACGCGCUCGGCGUCUCCGAGCCGUCGUCGGUGUCGACGUCGUUCGAGUCGAACACCGAUAGUCAGGCGACCGGCGACACCGUCGACAUCGAGACGCGAUCGAACGCGAAAGGCAAACGAAUGCAAUAUAGGAAUCUCCUUCUACAACGUCAAUUUCUGUCGACGGCCGCUGUGUCGAGUAUGGAGUCGAACGUCUCGACGGAUGAGAGCGAUCCGUUGUUCGCGAGCAGCUUCGAUUCGACGAGAAGCGAACUCGAGCGUCGACGACUCUCGCUGAUGAAUGCGACCGACUACGGCAAUCAGGAGGGUCCGAGCGCGACGAGGGAUUACAGUGUGGACGCGCGAAGCGACUCGUUGUUCCGCGAGUGGAGUCGCGUCGAUCCCGCCUACGAUCCGUAUGAUACGAGGAAACUUCAACGCGGCCACACGGUAGAUCAAACCACACACCAUCAACAAUCACCGCGACGAUUCGAGCGCCAAUUUUCGCUGGCGACCGCGCCGCGUCCCAACUUGCUCGCCGCGUAUCGCAACGGCUGA